AUGAGUAUAAAUAAAAAUGAAUGUCUUGUAUUUCCUGUUCAACAAAUUAUUUCAACAUCAAUUGCAGCUAUGUGUACAGCUUUAUUUAUGACACCAUUUGAUGUUGUUAGAAUACGACUUCAGUCACAAAAUCAUCAAUUAGUUAAAGGUGAUUGUUUUGUAUUUCGUAAUGGACUCGGUGAUUAUAUUUGUACUUGUUUUAAUGGACAUGAAACUGUACCGUGGUAUAAUCGAUCAAUACCAGGAAAAUAUAAUGGUACAAUUGAUGCUCUAUUUAAAAUAACACGUAGUGAAGGUAUUCGAUCAUUAUGGUCAGGUUUACCACCAACAUUAGUUAUGUCAUUACCUAAUACAAUUAUUUAUUUUACAGCAUAUGAACAGUUGAAAUGUUUUAUGGGUUAUAAAAGACAUAAUUUAAAUCCAAUUCUACCUGGAAUAGCUGGAGGUUUAGCAAGAAUAUUAGCCGUGAUUGUUACAAGUCCAUUUGAAUUAAUAAGAACAAAAAAAAUGUCAGCAAAAUUAUCUUAUAGUGAUUUACAUAAUUUAUUACGAGAAUCAAUUCAAUCAAAUGGUUUACGAACAUUAUGGAGAGGACUUAUACCAACUCUUUGGAGAGAUAUACCAUUUAGUAUUUUUUAUUGGUCUAUGUAUGAACGACUAAAAUUACUUAUAAUGCAAGAAUUUGGUACAUCACCAACCUUAGCUGCUUUUUAUUCAGGUGCAACAGCCGCAACUAUUUUUACACAUCCAUUUGAUACAAUCAAAUCAAUUCGUCAAGUUCAAUUAGGUAGUAAUCAAGGACAAUCAACUGAUCGUACACUUCAUAUUCUUUAUCAUAUGUUUAAAAAACAAGGCAUACGUAGUUGGUAUAAAGGUCUUGUUCCACGUUUAAUAAAAGUUUCACCAGCAUGUGCGAUUAUGAUUUCAACAAUUGAAUUUUUUCGUCACAAUGUUUUUAAGCAAGAAAAUUAA